AUGGUCUCCAUCAAGUCCCUCCUUCUCGGCGCCGCCGGUGCCCUCGCCGUCCCCUUCAACGCCACCGAGUUCUCCGAGCUUAACGUGCGCGCCGGCACUCCCAGCAGCACCGGCACCCACAACGGCUUCUACUACUCCUUCUGGACUGACGGUGGCGGCACCGUCAACUACGCCAACGGCAACGGCGGUUCCUACACGGUGAACUGGUCCAACGUCGGCAACUUCGUCGGCGGCAAGGGCUGGAACCCCGGUUCCGCUCGCACCAUCACCUACUCGGGCUCCUUCAACCCCUCCGGCAACGGCUACCUCGCCGUCUACGGCUGGACCCGCAACCCGCUUGUCGAGUACUAUGUCAUCGAGAACUUUGGCACAUACAACCCCUCGUCGGGCGCCACCCGCCUCGGAUCCGUCACUACCGACGGCUCCACCUACGACAUCUACAAGUCUACCCGCUACAACCAGCCGUCCAUCGAUGGCACUCAAACCUUCAACCAGUACUGGUCGGUCCGCCAGCAGAAGCGCAGCGGUGGUUCCGUCACCAUGAGCAACCAUUUCAACGCCUGGGCCAAGGCUGGUCUGCAGUUGGGCACCCACAACUACCAGAUUGUGGCUACUGAGGGAUACCAGAGCAGUGGAUCUUCUUCCAUCACUGUUCAGGGCCCUUGA